GUGAGGGUUUUUAAGAAAAUUGAUGUUGAAAGAACCUUGUUUAUUGUUGUCAGCAAAACGUUUACUACGGUUGAGACCAUGGAGAACUUUAAGCUUGCAUUGGGGCUUAUGAAAAGCAGGCUGAAUGGCAGGUUCAGUGAGGAGGAAAUAUGCAACAAGCACUUUGUAGCUGUCAGCUCCAACGUUCCUGAAACAUCCAAAUACGGCAUCCAAACGGUAUUUAAAAUGUGGGACUUUGUUGGAGGGCGGUACUCUCUUUGGUCGGCUGUCGGGCUUUCGAUUAGUCUUUACAUUGGGUUCGACAACUACGCUGGGCUGCUUAAGGGAGCCUCGCAGGCAGACAAGAACUUCUUUACCCGCAAGUUGGACUCAGUCUCUUUCAGAAUGGCCGUCAAUGAGCUAUUUUACAUUUCCCGAGGAUUCAACAACAAGUGUCUGGUAUGCUAUGACAGCUACCUUGAGCUGCUGUACAAGUAUCUACAGCAGGCAGAAAUGGAAUCCAAUGGCAAGCACGGAUGCAAGCAAAUGAUCAUCUGGGGCGGUGUCGGCACCGAUGUCCAGCACUCGUUUUUCCAGCUUCUCCACCAAGGAGAGCAGAACAUCUAUCUUGAGCUGCUGUGUCCCGUCAAAAAUAUCAGUGAAGAAGAAACAGACAGGUCAGUUGUUGAAAACAUGGACAUGAUCAAGCGCCACCAUCUGCUACUGGCGACAUCCUGCCUUGCCCAAAGCAGAAGCAUGCUUGUUGGCAAAGAGUCUGAAGACGCCAAUCAUUACUUUGCAGGCGAUAAGCCGAGUGUGACAAUUCUGUAUUCAAAGCUAGCACCAGAAGUACUUGGGGCAGUUCUUGCGGUCUAUGAGCACAAGAUAUUUGUAGUGGGAACAUAUUUCAACAUAAAUUCGUUUGACCAGUUUGGAGUUGAGCUUGGCAAGGCCUUGACGAAGGAGCUAAUGGGAGAGCUUAGUGGAGAGGCACCAACCAAUCCAGAUGCAUCUACGUCCAAGCUUCUCAGUUUCAUGAAGAAAAAUUAA